GCGCGAGCUCGCCUGCCCCCGAGUUCCAGCAGUCCGCGAGCUGCCGUCGGCUCCGCGCGGGGGGGCGGGCUGGGCACCCCGGGGCGCGGAGAAGCGCUCUUUGCUUCUCUCCUUUUCCCCCACGCCGCACUCCUGGGCACCCUCAAACCAGUCCACGCUUCUUCCCUCUCCCUCCUUUCUCGCUCCCUGCCAACUUUUGGUCCCUCCCCCGCCCCUCUCCCGUUAUUCGUCGUGGCUCCAGUCCGGCUGCGCCGCUCCGAAGGUUCCGCCGGACCUCCCAGCCUGCAACUCGGACCAUUACAGGAUCCAGAAACAUGUCGACCACACUUCUGCCCGCCUUCUACGAUAUCGACUUCUUGUGCAAGACGGAGAAAUCCCUGGCCAACCUCAAUCUGAACAACAUGCUGGACAAGAAGGCGGUGGGAACGCCCGUGGCCGCCGCCCCCAGCUCGGGCUUUACGCCGGGCUUCCUCCGACGGCACUCGGCCAGCAACCUGCACGCGCUCGCCCACCCCGCGCCUAACCCCGGCAGCUGCUCGCCCAAGUUCCCGGGCGCGCCUAACGGCAGCAGCUGCGGCAGCGGGGUGGCGGGAAGCCCGGCCUCCUACGGCACCCUCAAGGAGCCGUCGGGGGGCGGCGGCACAGCCCUGCUCAACAAGGAGAACAAAUUCCGGGACCGCUCGUUCAGCGAGAACGGCGAACGCAGCCAGCACCUUCUGCACCUGCAGCAGCAGCAGAAGGGGGGCGGCGGCUCCCAGAUCAAUUCUACUCGCUACAAAACUGAGCUGUGCCGGCCCUUCGAGGAGAGUGGCACGUGCAAGUACGGCGAGAAGUGCCAGUUCGCACACGGCUUUCCACGAGCUGCGCAGCCUGACCCGCACCCCAAGUACAAGACGGAGCUGUGCCGCACCUUCCACACCAUUGGCUUCUGGCCCCCUAAUGGGCCCGCGCUUGCCAUUUUCAUCCCACAAACGCGGGAUGAGCGGGAGGCCCGCGCCCAUCGGGGGGGCACCUCUGGGGGACUUUGCGCACCCUUUCAGUGCGGCCGAACCGGGUGCCCCUUGGCUUUCCCUCGGGAGCCG